UGUUUGUGUCAAUGGUGUAGAUAAUGUUUGGCGCUUUAAUUUUGUGAAUUGUGUAUUUUCUAUUUACGUGGGCAUACAUUUAUGAUCAUCCAAGAUGCCUGCGUUCCUCAUGUAUAUAGACAUGGAGAAUUUCAAGUCCUACCGGGGCCAGCACCGUAUAGGACCUCUGAAAUCGUUUACGGCAGUAGUUGGCCCCAAUGGAUCAGGCAAGUCAAACUUUAUGGACGCCGUUAGUUUCGUGAUGGGAGAAAAGACGUCUUUGCUGCGUGUGAAGCGCUUGAGCGACCUUAUUCAUGGUGCUUCUAUCAAUAAGCCCGUCUCGAGGAGUGCUUCGGUGACGGCUACAUUUGAGCUUGAAGAUGGAACCGAGAAGCAGUUCAUGAGAUCUGUCAUUGGACAGUCAUCAGACCACAAAAUUGAUGGCCAAUCAGUGUCGGUGAGCAACUACUUGGCGGAGCUGGAGCGCCUGGGCAUCAACGUGAAGGCCAAGAACUUCCUCGUGUUCCAAGGUGCCGUUGAGAGCAUCGCCAUGAAGAAUCCUAAGGAAAGGACUGCACUGUUUGAGGAAAUCAGUGGAUCUGGAGUUCUAAAAGAACAAUAUGAAGCGUGCCGCGCAGAAGUCAACCGCGCGGACGAGGAGGCGCAGUUCAGCUACCAGAAGAAGAAAGGAGUGGCCGCCGAGAGGAAGGAAGCCAAGUUUGAGAAGGAGGAAGCUGAGAAGUACACCAGGCUUAAGGAGGAGCUGCAAGAACAAAAGGUAGAACUCCAGCUCUUCCACCUCUACCACAACGAGAAGGAGAUCCAGAACCUGGAAGAAGACUUGCAGCACAAGCAGUCGGAGCUGACCAAGGUGGAGAAGAAGCGGCAGAAGGCCGAGGACUCGCUCAAGGACAAAAAGAAGGAGUCGGGCACUGUGCAGCGGGAGCUGGCCAAGAUCGAGCAGGAGAUCAGGGAAGUGGAAGCGGAGAUAUCGAAGAAACGUCCCACGUUCAUCAAGGCCAAGGAGCGAGUGACGCACACGCAGAAGAAGCUGGAGAGUGCGGCCAAGACUCUGGAGCAGGCCCGCAAGGCGCACGAGGCACACCAGGCGGACCUACGCAAGCUAGAGGCGGAGCUGCGCGCGGUGGAGGAGCAGCGCGCCGCGUGGGAGCAGACGGCGCCCGGCUCGCAGGCCGCGCGCGCUGAUGUCCACCUCGAGGAGGCGCAGAUCCGCGAAUACGAAGAGCUGAAGAUGGAAGCAUCGAGGCAAGCGGCUCGCUACCUGCAGGAGUUGGACUCCGUGAACCGCGAGCAGAAGGCCGACCAGGACAGGCUGGAUAAUGAGCUGCGCCGCAAGGGCGAGCUAGAAAACAAGCACACGCAGAAGGGUCACGAGAGAAACGAGGCAAUGAAGCGCGUGGAGAAGCUGAACGAGCACAUCCGCAGUUCCGAACAAGCGCUGGAAGAGCAACGCAGGCUCCGGGCAGAGCUGCAGGCGGACGUUGGCUCCUGCCGCAGCCGCGCUGACGAGCUACAAGCUGCGCUAGAAGACGUCGCGUCUCAGCUCGGUGACGCGCGCGUCGACAAACACGAGGAGGCGAGGAGGAGGAAGAAGCAGGAGAUCGUCGAGAACUUCAAGCGGGAGAUACCCGGCGUGUACGACCGCAUGAUCAACAUGUGCCAGCCCACCCACAAGCGCUACAACGUCGCCAUCACCAAGGUCCUCGGCAAGUACAUGGAGGCCAUCGUUGUGGACACGGAGAAGACCGCUCGCCGCUGCAUCCAGGUUCUCAAGGAGAGGAUGUUGGAACCUGAGACUUUCCUGCCCUUAGACUACAUUCAGGCAAAGCCGCUGCGAGAGAGACUUCGUGACAUCCGCGAGCCCAAGAACGUGAAGCUCCUGUUCGACGUGCUCCGCUUCGAGCCGCCGGCGAUCCACCGCGCGGUGCUGUUCGUCACCAACAACGCGCUGGUGUGCGAGACGCCGGAGGACGCCUCGCGGGUCGCCUACGACCUUGAUCGUAGCAAGAACAGCCGAUACGAUGCACUGGCGCUGGACGGUACAUUCUACCAGAAAUCCGGCAUCAUAUCCGGCGGUUCCCUCGACUUGGCUCGCAAGGCCAAGCGCUGGGACGAGAAACACCUCUCCCAACUCAAGGCCAAGAAGGAAAAGCUCACUGAAGAGCUGAGGGAAAGCAUGAAGAAAUCUCGCAAGGAAUCCGAGUUGACGACCGUGGACUCACAGAUUCGAGGAUUGGAAGCGAGGCUGAAGUAUGCGCAGAGCGACAGGGAUACUACGUUGAAGCAGAUCAAACAGUUAGACGCAGAGUUAGCUGAGCUUGAGAGGGCUAUGGACAACUUUGGACCUCAAAUCGAAGCGAUCGAGCGUACCAUCGCGGCUCGCGACGCCAAGAUCCAGGAGGUGAAGGAGAACAUGAACAAUGUGGAAGAUGUCGUCUUCCGCCGCUUCUGCCGCGACAUAGGUGUCGCCAACAUACGUCAGUACGAAGAGCGCGAGUUGCGCGCGCAGCAGGAGCGCGCCAAGCGCCGCAUGGAGUUCGAGGCGCAGAUCGACCGCAUCGCUUCCAACUUGGAGUUUGAGCGCUCGCGCGACACACAGAAAAACGUAACCCGCUGGGAGCGCACCGUGCAGGACGGCGAGGACGAGCUGGAGGCGGGGCGGCAGGCCGAGGCCAAGCAGCGCGCGGAGGUGGACCGCGAGCUGCAGCGCGCCGAGGCGCUCAAGGCGCAGCGCGCCGAGGCCCGAGCGCGCCACGACAAGGCCGAGGACGACGUCAACAAGGCUCGCAAAGACCUGGCGUCCAUCCAAAAGGACAUCCAGAGUGUGCAGAAGCAGAUCACCAGCAUUGAAGCGAAGAUCGAGAGCAAGCGCAGCGACCGGCACAACAUACUGCGACAGUGCAAGAUGGAUGAUAUAGUAAUUCCGCUUCUGCAAGGCAGCCUGGAGGACAUAGGGGACCACGAGUCCGACCCGUCCUCCAUGUCCACAACCCAGCAGUACAACAGGGAUGCCAGUAUCCGUGUGAACUACCGGUCGCUGUCGGAGUCCCUCAAGGAGCUGGAAGAGGCAGACGAGGUGAAGCGCAAGGCGGACAAGUUGCAGAAGGCCAUCAACAACCUGCAGGCCACAGUUGACAAGAUACAGGCGCCGAACAUGAGGGCCAUGCAAAAGCUAAACGAAGUCCGCGAGAAAGUGAACGCGACCAACGAAGCGUUCGUCGCGGCCCGCAAGCGCGCGCACCGCGCCAAGCUCGCCUUCGAGAAGGUGAAGAAGGAGCGCCACGACAAGUUCAUGGACUGCUUCGAGCACGUGGCCAACGAGAUCGACGCCAUCUACAAGGCGCUGGCAAUGAACCAGUCAGCCCAAGCGUUCCUCGGCCCGGAGAACCCCGAGGAGCCCUACCUGGACGGCGUCAACUACAACUGCGUGGCGCCCGGCAAGCGCUUCCAGCCCAUGUCCAACCUGUCCGGAGGGGAGAAGACCGUCGCCGCGCUGGCGCUACUGUUCGCCAUACACAGCUACCAACCAGCGCCAUUCUUCCUCCUCGACGAGAUCGACGCGGCGCUGGACAACACCAACAUCGGCAAAGUGGCCUCCUACAUCCGCAGCAAGAAGGGCUCGCUGCAGACCAUCGUCAUCUCCCUCAAGGAGGAGUUCUACGGCUGUGCCGAUGCCCUCGUCGGGAUCUGUUCAGAGCCGGCAGACUGCCUGGUCAGUGACGUCUACACUCUUAGCCUGGAGAAGUAUGAGGACUAGAAUACAUACAUUAUUCUUUAUUCAUCUAUUGACAUUUCAUUCGUAAAGUUUAAGUUAUGACAUACAUUCGGUUUUCUAAUAAA